AUGCCAGAUCGCAAUGGACGCCGUCGCCCCUUUUCCAGCUGGAUGAAACGGCUCGCCAACCUCAAAAGUUCCACCGAAUCGAGCACCCGCUGGUCCAACAAACGCCAUGGCAUGCCCAAAAGCAAAGGCCGCAGCUGCAAGAAUAACCCCUACCCGUUGUCUGGCACACCUCACGUCAACGAUUACGCCAGCGACAACACCACCUCCGAUGUGAGUGAUGACUACAACCACCGAUCCUGUUCACAGAGUGCCCCCUCGGUGGCCUUCUCCGGCUACGAGAACCAGGUCCCCGCGACCAGCGCCAAAUCCACGGCCCCCACUAUCUCCACCAAUGCCGAUACGGCGAUUUCAGACGCGGCACACUCCAAGGCGGGCACCUCGGCCACCGCGGGGGGCGCCAUCAGCUCCAUGGGGGGAGGAGCAGGAAGCACCUUUUCAUCGCCCGCCCCAUCGGUUCGGUCGCUGACCACCACGCUGACGACCGUGCAGUCGGCUGCCCCAUCGGGCCAUCUCUACAAUCAGCAUGCGCAGAACGCCCAUCCCGGCCUCCCGCAUGCCAACUCCUCUCAGAGCACGACCACCCAGCAAGUGCAGUUUUCCCACCAAUUCCCCCCGUCGCCCGCAACGGCUGUGCCGCCCCAUCUGGUUCCCCACGGCCACUCGGUGACGUAUAGCACCGCGACCGCGAACAAUAUCCUCACGGACAAUGCUUCUAUCCUGACACUGGCCUCCUCGUCCAAGCGCCGCCGUCGCAACUCGCUGGACACCAAUGCGUCGGUGCGCGCGCUGGCGCCCUCGUCGGUGUUUGGGGGUAGUCGCGAGAGUCUGCCGUUGAGCGUGUUGAGCGGCAAUGCUGGAGAGCCGUCCAACACCUCGACCUUUAAUGCGCCAGGGGUGCUGAACCGACCGAGCUUGGUGGGUCUGGCCAGCGCGGAGCGCAUCAGCGUCUACUCGUCCUCGGGCGCGGCCCCCGUCAGUGGUGGCGGGGAACGGGGGAGCUUCUACGCCAGCAAAGCCAGCCCGGGCACCGGCGAUGGGGCGAGCAUUAUGAGUGGGAGUCAGUCGCAUAGCCGCCACGACAGCAAUGCGGCGAGUAUCUCGGGGGCAGUGGCGGGAGGCCAGGUAGUGAGCGGCGGACGGGUGAGCCGUCGUAGCUCCGGCUGGGGGGAGAUCAAUGGAGACGAGAGUGACGAGGACGGACUAGGAGCCAAGACAGAGUGA